UGGAAUGCAAUAUCUGGAAUAUGCAUGCUCCUCCAUCACCAUUGGUAGAGAACUACCUGCGGGAAGCGGAUUUUUGGCACGUGGCGACGGUAGGCCAGGAUGCAAGGUGUACCCGAAACUAAUCAGUGCGUUGAUCGAGAGGUGGAGACCCGAGACGCACACAUUCUAUCUUCCAUGUGGAGAGUGCACUGUCACUUUGAAAGACGUCAGCUUGCAAUUGGGAUUGCCAGUGGACGGGUACCUAGUCACGGGGUCUGUCCAAUCUAGCGAUUGGCCAGCGGUGUGCUACGAGCUUCUGGGCGCUAUUCCGGAGAAAAUGGACGGAGGUAAGAUCGAGAUGGGUUGGUUGCGAGACACAUUCCCGGAUCUGGAUGAAGAUUCAACCGAAAUAGAAAGAAUCCGAUAUGCUCGGGCAUAUAUUCUUCAGUUAAUUGGAGGUUAUCUGAUGCCGGACUUGUCACGGAGCCGCGUACAUCUAAGAUGGCUGCUGAAACUCGUUGAUUUUAGAGUAGCCGGUGAAUUGAGUUGGGGGUCUGCUGUCUUGGCCACAUUAUAUCGGGAGAUGUGUGGGGCGACGCGACCGAGGAGACUAAAAAUCGGAGGUUGCCUGUCACUACUGCAGUCAUGGGCACUGUUUCACUUUCUAUUUCUACGUCCUCGAGUGGACCACCUAUAUACAUUCUCACUCAUAACGAGGUGGAACCAUCCGGCAAAUCAUGCUCGAUUACCUACGGAACUUGAAGAUAUACGGCUUCUAUUAGACCAACAGUCGUAAGCACAU